AUGGAUUGGUGCAUUCACAAGGCACCGGGCCACUGUUUGGCAUGCUUGCCAUUCAUGUGGCUUCUCAUUGGGGUGCAGGCAAGUGACAGACUUCUUGGAUCGAUGCCCCACAAUCAAGAAGAAGUAUUCAACUUGGCAGUCGCAAAGGCAAAGGUCAACGCAAAGAGUCAACACUGUGUGGAGGAUUUACGGAAUAUGCAGAGCUGGCCUGAUGACUGGCGCAAGUAUUGUUGUGAUGAAGUCGGAUUAGGUUGCAUUGGUGUAACAACCACUGCUCCAACAGUAACAAAGAUUGUUCUUGCAAGCCCUACGCUUACAGUCCCAGUGGGUCAGCACUUCGAGCACCGAGAAGCCGCGGAGGUCACACCUGAGGAUGAAAAUGGUGAAGUGACCCUGCGUGCUUUGCAGCAAGGGGGUGCAGACCUGCCUUCGUGGCUGCACUUUGACCCAGCGAAUCGGAAGUUUUCCGGCACGCCCACCAGCAAGCAAGAACUGCACAUUGUGGUUCAGGCUUCCAAUGAGGCUGGCUUUCUGAGUGAGCAAAGCAUUCACUUGAAGGUCACAGAUGAAGCAGUGGCACCAGAAACAAGUAGUGGCACCAGUGCAGGCGCUUCCAGUGACACCAGCGCUGCAGCUCAACAGGCAGAAGCUCCGAUUGUGAUCCAGGGCUUACCAGAUGUGACGGCCACCGUGGGCAAGCCCUUCAGCACACUGGUGCCCUCCAACACUAUGGUGGAUCCUAACGGCGGAUCAGUGACGAUGUCCAUGUCGUUGGGAGAUGGUGGCCUGCCAGAUUGGCUGAGCUUUGAAGGGGAGGCGCUCCAUGGGCAGCCUCCGGUCUCCGGAGAUUUCCAGCUAUCGGUGAGGGCAAAGAAUAAGGCAGGGCUUGAGGCCUCGACACCUUUGCUCUUGCAUGUGAAACCGGCGCCGGCCCCACCAGCAGCGGCACCAGCAGCAGCGGCACCAGCAGCAGCGGCACCAGCAGCAGCGGCACCAGCAGCAGCGGCACCAGCAGCAGCGGCACCAGCAGCAGCGGCACCAGCAGCAGCGGCACCAGCAGCAGCGGCACCAGCAGCAGCGGCACCAGCAGCAGCGGCACCAGCAGCAGCGGCACCAGCAGCAGCGGCACCAGCAGCAGCGGCACCAGCAGCAGCGGCACCAGCAGCAGUGGCACCAGCAGCAGCGGCACCAGCAGCAGCGGCACCAGCAGCAGUGGCACCAGCAGCAGCGGCGCCAGCACCAGCGGCACCACCAGCCCCCGAGACUGGCAAGGAUCAGCAAGCCUCACCAAAGGCGGAGGCGUCGCAAGCUGUGCCCUCAGUGGUUUUCCAGACGGAGCAUCAGAGGCUAACAGUUGGUGUGCCAUUCAAGCACGUGGCUCCCAGAACCGAGUUCAAGGGCAGUUCAGCUGCCGUGACCUUUCAAGCAGCUGGAGAAGGAAGUGCGCCGCUGCCAGAAUGGCUCAGCUUUGAUCCAGACACAUUGACCUUGUCUGGUGUUCCCUCUAAACCCGGGGUUGAGUGGAUCAUCAUAAAGGCCAUGAGUGAUAGUCAAGCUGCCGCCCAGACUAUUCGACUCGAAAUUGUGCCCGCAAAACCGCCGACAGCUGGGUCCUUGCCCGACAAGGUGUCCGCGCUGGGUGAUCCAUUCGGAAUGACCAUUCCCAGCAGCACGAUGGUUGAGCCGCAGGGACAGAACUUGGACUUCAGUGCCUCCUUGCAGGAAGGAGCACCCCUGCCAGACUGGUUGCACUUCGAUGCGGAGCAAAGAACCUUUUCAGGGCUUCCGGAUCAAGAGCAGCAGUUGCAGAUCUCUGUCACUGGCACAAACCCGCAGGGCCUGUCAGCUUCGACAGGAUUCUCGCUAAAGGUGGGCAGAGCACCUUUGCUUGUUAAGCCAUUGCCAGUGGCAGAUAGUUGGGUGGGUGCUCCGCUGAAUUUGGAGGUUCCUGGCAAUGUCAUUGUGGACCCCCAUGGUGGUAACGUCACCCUGACUGCUUCGCUGCAGGGCAAGCCACUGCCAGACUGGCUUCAUUUCGAUGCUGAUGCGAGGACUUUCUCGGGAACCCCGCAGCAAGUGGAGGACCUCGAUAUUGCCGUCACAGGUACUUCAGACGCAGGGAUUUCCGAGACUACGCAGCUCAGAGUUCAUAUCUAUGCUGGGGAGGAUCAGAUUGAUCCGAUUGUCGAGGAGGCUAACAAGUUGCUUGCGAGGUCACAGGUGGAGGUGCCGGAAUUGGGGGCGCCCACCUACUGCGGCACGUCUGAUGUGUCCUACGAGCCGCUGGAUAUGAACAUGACGAAGGCGCUCGGCUCGCUGGGGCUAGAGGCGCUGUCGGUGACGGAGUGCCAACUUCUGUGCCGCGACACCAGGGACUGCGCCUUCUUCUCCUUCUACUUUCCCCUGAAGAAGCUCAGCCUUUGA